UGUUUCGAACGGCGUGUCGGUCCCCAGCCAAUCUAACCGUAAAUUGUCAAAAAUCGUGCGCGAUUUAAAAAAUAAAAAUUGUUACAGUGAGUGAUUUGCAUUGAUCAAGGUGACUGAAAAUAACUCUAGAGUGCCUUAUCUGGAGAGUGACUUAAAUCAAAGAGUGAAACCCAGUUCAGUUUUGGACAUCGCAGACUACUAUAGAGUUGCUUUUGAUUUUUUUUAUGCUGGCGAACACCAGUUCAGUGAGGAACUUCGUAGUUCGGAGAGUGCGCUUUAAAGUUAAGUGACCUUGGACGAAUCUGCGAUUACCACGCGAACUUGGGAGUGUAAGAGCGGGAGUUUUGAGCCUCUUUGUUUGGGCCUUGGUACUGAAUAAAGGUCGCGGUGACCUUGGGUACCAAUGGUGACGCAAUCGCGGUGAGUGCGAACGAAGGAUAAUUUUGGGAGCGAAUAGGUUUAGGGUGUUUUGAGUCGAGGAAUACUCCGACGACAAGAUGCCCAAGAUUUUCCUCAUCAAGAAUCGCCUCCAUCAGCAGCAACUGCGGCUCUUGGAGGCCCAACAUUCGGGAAAAAGCCCACCCCACGGAGGAAAGGAUAGCCCUCUUGGUGGACAUGAACCCCUAAGUCUCAUCGUCAACAAACAUCAAUAUCGAGAUAAGCUUGAUGAUGACAGAGCAACAACUCCAGAAUCUCCUCGAAGUACCAGUCCAGCAUCUUCGCCACCUACGCUUCUUCACUGGCAGGGUUCACCAGCCUCAAAUUUGAACACGAACUCCAAUUCCCAUGGACCUCCAAGGAGAUUUAUCUCCAGCAUUCUCGGUGGUGACGUACCUUAUGGGAGCAGAGGUCACGUCCUGACGAGGGCGGAGCGAAAAGAGUACAGCAGCCCGCCCAUCGCCCCAUCCCUAGAACCGAAAUUUCUGACCAAGACGGAUAAGAUCGAACUCCCGAGGCCGACGACACCACCAAAAGCACCCAAAGUUGAACCACCCACAAGGGUAUCAGUUAUCCAGAGGGUGCCACCCCAGGCACAAAAUCCCAGGAGAGAGGAAACAAAGAUCGAGGUUCCCCGUACGCAAGAACCUGAACAGGAUCAACCAAUAGACUAUGCAGUACCCAAAAGAAAAGAAGAUGAGGAAAAGGCUCGAGAAGGUGCGAAGAUUUCUAGGACAGCGGGCAAUUCGAUUGCGAGACCUCUCCUGGCGAUGAGAUUAUCGGGACCUCAAGCAAUUAAUGCAGCAGCUGGUCACGGGAGAACAUCAGCUUCGGGAGGCAAUACUAGUGCAAGCGGUGGUGGUACUACAGGUGGUGGUUCGUCUAGCGCAGGAAACACUGGUGGAUCUGGAGGCAGCUUCAGUACUGCAGGUGGCGGAAGUGGAGGCGGUGGUGCUAUUGGCGGAGGAGCUGGUGGCGGCGGAAUGAACCCGGGAGGCAAUGGUGGCCGCGGAAAUUACGGACCCAGUUCACCUCCAACGGGAUCUUUACCUCCCUUUUACGAAUCCCUCAAAGGUGGAAACAACCUUGCCAACUUCGCAAAUCAAUAUAAUGGAAACGGUUACCUAACUCCAUCACCAGCAGUCGGAAUGGAAUGCGACACCGGUCAACAUGAUGUCAACUCUCAGAAUUCAUACGGUACGCAAGAAGGAAAGCAGUAUUCUCUCCUGCAGAACGUCUGCGCCUCCUAUGGCAUCGCCCUCAAAGAAGAAGAAGACCUAUCCGCCUAUAAAAUACCACCCAACGAUAUUUUAUCGGGUCAGUACGGACCUUUUGAUAUGACGGACUCGGGGAUGAUAGUCGACAUGGUGACUGGUUCCGUCGUUGAUCCCAUGCAAUUCACGGCGACCUUUACUUUCAACUCGCCUCCGGAUCAUAAUGCGUUUUUGGAAAGUCUGAGCGAUGCAGCGGACCUCUUCUUGCCGAAAAUAACCUCUGAAGAAGGUAGCAGCGACCUGCUUGAAGAUUCGUUACACUCUCCUGCAUCCGCUGGAAGUGGCAUUGGUCAGGAUGGUCAGAUGACAAGUCCUGUGGAACCCAGUGUCGAUCCCUUCCCUGAGCACAACCUGUCGCUCACGAGAGGUUUCGAUAACUCUAGACACUACACAGUACCUCAACACUUAUCUCCAAAAAUCUCAGGAAUAACGUACCCCACUGCAGAAUCUAGCUAUCAUCCGCUUCCCAAGGAGCGUGCAGAGUUGGCGCUGCACAUUAACCAAAAUCAACACCAGGCUGAACCACAAUUGCAGCAGUUGCAAAUUCAAGUGCAGCUCCAACAGCAACACCAACAGCAGAAUUCGCCUCAUCAACAUCAUCAGGGUCUGCUCAGUCCUGGAUUGAGCUUUACUGGAAGUGGUUUGGAGUUAGAUUCUGGUAGCAGUGCUGGCGGAAGUUUACCGAGUCCAGGAGCCGCAUCUUGUUCCCUGGAUGCCGCCUCAACGAGUACAUCACCUUCCUGCGCCUUGAUGGAACACGCACCAAGUCCUUCGGGUGUAGCAGCUACAGUGAGUGCACCUACUGGUUCAGUUGAGGAGCUCCCACUUACGCAACGAGUUGAUGUACUACAGCAGAGGUUGGGCCUGCCUGGAGAUGUGCAAGUAGAGUUCGUUAAUGGUGGCCAUGGAAUUAAGAACCCAUUAGCGAUCGACGGGCAAAGGCAAACCUCUACGACUCGUGAUGAAGAAAGGGCGCCUCGACCACCAUCUGGCAAGGAUGACGAUCCCAGUAGGUUCACCUGCCGAGUCUGCAGUAAGAACUUCAGCCUGCAGAGACUCCUAAACCGCCACAUGAAGUGCCACAGUGACGUGAAGCGGUAUCUUUGCACAUUCUGCGGCAAAGGAUUCAACGACACCUUCGACCUCAAGAGGCACACGAGGACGCACACGGGUGUCAGGCCCUACAAGUGCAACCUCUGCGAGAAGAGUUUCACCCAGAGAUGCUCUCUGGAAAGUCACUGCCUCAAAGUUCACGGUGUCCAACAUCAGUACGCCUACAAAGAACGCCGAACAAAGGUCUACGUCUGUGAGGAAUGCGGGCACACGACGCAGGAGCCAGAGGUCCACUAUCUUCACCUGAAGGAAAAGCACCCGUACAGUCCUGCCCUGCUCAAGUUCUACGACAAGCGGCACUUCAAGUUCACAAACAGCAAUUUUGCCAACAUGUUGCUCCAGGGUGGUCUUCUACAACGGGAUAGCCGGAGUGCGGAUUCCUGCGUUAAAACGGCCUCCAAGGCACUCGAGGCGCCUCUUCGUCGCUUGCAUGUGGGACGCGCUUCCUCCUUCUGAUUGACUCAGGACACUCAGGAUCCGGACCCGGAAUCGAGAGAAGAGGACGUCGAAGGGUUGUCAGGUUUUCAAGGCAAGUAAUAAACCUGGAUUGAGGAAACAGUAAUGAAGGGGAUUCUUCCAACAGCGCAAUCUUCUCAGAUCAGCUGAUAUUACAGAUCAAUGGUGUCGCAUGCGCAGUUGGGAAAUCCCUUUCCUGAUUGAUUUGAUGAUUAGAUUCUAUCACUAGAACUUAAGAAUGUGGCAACCCCUUGAAUGAUAUUCUUAUCCAGUAUUCUCUAUCGAUAAAUCAUUAAGAUAAAAAGAACUUCUUGAUCCUUCUGAAGGUCUUGUUUUUGAUAAACUUUUUUUUUACAUUAAGUGGACAAGUCCUCAAAUUUUGGGAUGUUCCACUUUGACUGAUGUGGAACAAAAUGACGUAAUGUAUACUUGUAUAGGCUACUAGGUUUCUGUCGCUAGGAGCCUUAGGCACACCUUGUUAGUUAGGGUAACCUGUGAUAUAGAAAGGCGAGAGUUUAUCGAAUUCUUCUUGUACACAUCACAUCUCAUCACUCGCGUUCGAAGAUUAAAAAUCCGCGAAUCACUUCACACAUCAUACACAUUACAAAACGGGGUUUCGUGCAAUGUUUUUGCGGUGGUAGGAAACUUACAUGCGUGGACUCGCAAUGCACAAUAUUUGUACUUAAAACUAAAUUGGUCAAGAAAAGAAGAGUCUACUUUGAACUUGCUGAAUUACUAAAUGUAUAUAGAUCUGAUUUUAUGUAAAUAAGUGAAUUAGCGGGUCCUCCAACGCUGCGUAGGAUUAGAUAUUAAAAUCAAUAUUAAAAGUUGCGGGUGCUUCGGAGAAAAGGUGCUUUCUUCCCGCGAAGCUGAACUUUUCCGGUACUUUGAAUAAUUUUUGUAAAUAAAAGAGUAAUUAAGUCGACAAAGGCAAGAGCUGCACUGGGUCUGUUUUUGUUUAGGUCUUGUUUCUAAAAAAAAUUGGAUUUUUAAUGAUAUUUAAUAUGAUUGAAAAGUACCCAGUGUAGAUUCUAGUGACUGUAAAUAGUUUAGAAUAAUGUUUCGGCAGCUCCAGUUGAACGCGGGUCCAGAUUUUAGUUUGUAACUAUUUGUACCUUGGAUAAUAUAUUAGAAAAGUGUAUAGUAGCGUGAGAAGUGUUUGUACGUUCCUCUCUCAGCAAAUACUCAAGCGAAGAAAAAAAGAGGACGGGGGGGAAAGAUAAGAUGUUUCACCUAAGUCCUAAGGCAAUCGCAUCUCGUUAUUAUUUAAUUUACGUCCAGUAUUGUCCGAUAUGAGUAAUGACUAUUGUUAUCAUAAUUAUUUCAUUAUUAAUAUUAUUUGCCCCUUUCAUUAAAUAUCCCUUCGCUAUCACGACAUUGCAACUCUAUCGCUACCGAUUACUAUGGAUAGUAAAAUUAAUGGUUAUUAUAAUUAUUAUAUAUUAUUAUAAUUAUUGCAUAUUAUGAUAUUAUUAUAGAAAAUAUUUAUCAACGUUAAUUUUUAACAGAUGCGCUCCUGUCAAUUUUUUAUUUUAUUCAACGAGAGACGAUUAUGAUUGGCUGAAUGUGUGUGGUUAGAGCAGAAGAUUGCCGUUUGCAAACGAUCGCUGAUUUGUACCUAAAUUUAUUAUAAACGCUUGUUUGUCGAAUGAAUGCUAGUGCGAAGAAUGCAAUUAACAUGAACGACUGUUUCAUUUUUGUAAUAUAUAUCAGCUCGAGAAUUUCGAGCCUUAGCAUUUUGGAUAUUUUUAGUCUCUAGACCCGAUCAUUAAUCGAUGUUAACGGUAAAUCGUGGUUUCACACUUCUUGUGUAUGU